CUCACACGCGCACGCACACACGGACGACCCCGUCGCCUCUUCUCUCCGGCGCUGCCGAGAAAGCCAGCCCAACCUUCCCUUCCUGGGGCGCGGAGGCUCUGCAAGCUCAGAGCGCAGCCCAGAGCCGACCCAGAAGGCGAAGAGAACCGGCGGACAAGCCUUCUUCCUCCCCUGCCGGCCCGGGCUGAGGCGCCCAUCCCCCGCCCUGAACCCCUGUCUCUCCCACCCCACCCCUCUCGGUUUCACACGGACAGAGAGCGGGGCCGGGUGUGCCCCCGUUCGGAAUCCUCGUUUCAGCACUCCGGACAGCGCCCGGGAGCCCCGGGCCCUUUUGGUUGGCCAUGGCGAGCGUUCAACAAGGAGAGAAACAGCUUUUUGAGAAGUUCUGGCGAGGAACCUUUAAAGCCGUGGCCACCCCGCGUCCCGAGAGCAUCAUUGUCGCCAGUAUCACGGCCCGCAAGCCGCUGCCAAGGACAGAACCCCAGAGCAACCCCAUGGUCCCAGCUCAGGAUGGACCCUCGGAAAAGCUGAGCCAGCCUCUGGCCCCUGAGGUCUUGGGCUCCAACAGCUGGGAGAGAGGCAAAGCCUGCCGGGAGGCCAGUCCUGCCAGAGCACACAGUGCCUCCCAAGGCAAAGACUUGACGCCACCCCCUUCCUCCAGGGGGAAGAAGAAAAAGAAGAAAGCUACCCGGAAGAAGAGAAGGAGGUCCCCAUCAUAUAGCCCAUCGCCUGUCAAGAAAAAGAAGAAGAAAAGUUCCAAGAAACAUAAGAGACACAGGUCAUUCUCCAAGAAGAGAAGGCACAGCUCCUCCAGCCCAAAAAACAAAAGAAGGGAAGAGAAGAGGCACAAAAAACAAUCGCGAAGCCGGCCCCGAAAGUCUCACCGCCACCGUCAUCACCACUGCCCCUCGCGGUCCCAGAGUUCGGAGUCCCGCUCCUCAAGCUGUGACAGCAGGCACCGUGGCCAGUCCCCCGAGGAAGGGCGGAAGUCCCGCCGAAGGCACUCUCGCCGCUGCUCCAAGACCUUCUGCAAGGCCAGCCCUGAGGCCCGGUCCAGCCCCCCGCCCAGCCAGCCCCUCCAGAUGCUCAGCUUCCUGUCGGCCAGGGGUGUAAUCGCUGGGUCGGGGUCUGCUGCUGACCUCUUUACCAAAACAGCCAGCCUGCUCACCACCUACCGAGGACGCUCCCAGGAGUAUGACUCAGGCAAUGACACCUCCUCGCCACCCUCCAUGCAGAUCAGCUCGGCCAGGUCUCGGGGUCCGGAGAAGGGGAGCCCCACUGGGGGCCUAAGCAAGAGCCGGGACCCCAACAGCGGCAACACCUCUGAUUCAGGGAACUCCUUCACCACCUCCUCACCCCAGAACAAGGGGGCCACUUUGGAGAAUCUCUCCCCCACCAGCAGGGGCAGAGAGUCAAGAGGAUUCCAGUCGCCAUGUCUGGAAUGCACCGAGGUGAAGAAGUCCAGUUUGGUCCCAUCCGCAGCCCGGAGCUCCCCCAUGCGAGGGUGCUCCCGCAGCUCCUCCUGUGCCAGCACCCACCCCUCCAGCCACUCGUCCCGAUCCCCAAACCCCAGGGCCUCCCCCAGGUACACCAGGAGCCGAUCCACCUCCUCUGGGAAAAGGUCCUCCUCCCGCUCUCCCAGCUAUUCCUCCAGCUCUGGCAAGAGGAGCCCGCCUAGCAGAAGCUCUAGGUCCCGCCGCAGCCCCAGCUACUCCCGCUACAGUCCCAGCAGGGAGCGGGACCCCAAGUACAGCGAGAAGGGUUCGCAGCAGCGGGAGCGCGAGCGAGCGCGGCGCAGACGUCGGUCCUACUCGCCCAUGCGGAAGCGCCGGAGAGACUCCCCGAGCCACCUGGAGGCGCGGAGGAUAACGAGUGCCCGGAAACGCCCCAUCCCCUACUACCGGCCCAGCCCCUCUUCGUCCAGCGGCCUCAGCAGCGCGUCCUCCUGGUACAGCCGCUCAGCCAGCCGAAGCUCUUCCCAGAGCCCGAGCCGCAGCCGCAGCCGCAGCCGCAGCCGUAGCCGUAGCCGUAGCCGCAGCCGCAGCCGGACCCACACUAGCAGCAGCUGCAGCUCCCGCAGCCCCAGCCUGGGCUCUCGGAGCCGGAGCCGGAGCCGGAGCCGGAGCUACAGCUCAGCAGACAGCUACUCCAGCACAAGGCGCUAAGCAAAGGCCCUCCCUUGAGCCAGCUGCCUGUGGUGCCCCUUUCACUCUGCCAGCCUCCCCCACUCCCUGCCCACCCUGCCUUCUCCUUGGUACAGACAUUGAGGGCUCCUGGGCCCUGUCCUUCCUGCUCUCCUGGGGGCGGGAGGAAAAGAGGGUAUGGGGGCUUCAGCCUCUGUGUCGAGCUCCCAGGAGCCUCCGCCACACCACCCUGGGGCUCAACUCAGGCCUGAGCAUAUGGAGUGAACCACCUUCUGUUGGCACAGAGAAACCUCAAAGGUUUGUAAGAAGCGUUGGGUCCGUGACUCAAAAGUUUGGGUCUGGCCAGGAAAAUGUAGAGAGAGUUCUGCUCGCCCACUGCUGGCAGGCUGCAUACGAAGGCCAGUGGUGCUUCCUCACACCUGCCCUCGUUCUCCUCUCAUUCAGUCUCAUGGCUGCAUGUGUAGGGACCCUGGUGGGAGUGAGGGGUGGAUGUUAGAAGAGACCAAGGGCACUUCAGGCCCAGGAGAGGGGUCAGGCCUUUCAGCUCCCCACAUAGGCCAGAGCCAAAGCCAGAGGCUGUUGGGUCCUAGAAAGGGAGACACGUGGGUAGGGGACAUGGACAUUUCAGUUGGUGGUAGGUGUCGGGAGAUAGGAGAUGGACUCUCGGGCCGUGAGUGUAGAAGCAAAAAGGAGGGGGUCAGUCUGCUGCCCACAGUACCUCCACGUGGUCAGGAAGACGGGCCCAGUAGUUUCUAGCCGGGGAUAGAGGCCGCUGCACCGUUUACACGAAAUGCCUCUUGGCGGCUCACACGGACCCGGCGACCUCUGAGAACGGGCACGGCGGACAGUCAGGACAGCCUGGUCUGUGGCCCCACUUCCCAAGUUUGCCUCAGCCCUGUUAGCUGGCAGCAGCUUCAUUCCACGGGACCAUCUGCUGAACGUUCACCAGUGCCGUGGCCAGCUGCCAGUCUGCAGCGCCAGCCUGUCUGGCCUUACCCUCCGGUUGGCGCCUGCCUGCCCCCUCCUCACUGCCCAGACUGCCACACCCUGGAUCCCCCCCAGUGCAGCCCAGCACCCACCCACCCUCAGCCUAAGUCACCUCCUUUGCCUUUCAGGAAUUUUGCCAGGCUGGGGCACAGCAGCUCAGGUUUGGGGGAAAAGAUCCAAAUCCAGAGAGUCUGGGGGAAAGGGGCUUGGAUGCUCCGCAGCUCCCACUGGUUUCCGGAGUUUCGUACCAGCUCGGGAAAGCCCCACCUUCAUUUCUGCCCUCGCCCCACUUCCCCCGCCCAGGGCUGGGCAGCGAGGGUAAGUUGAUCUCCAACACACAAAUACCACCAGCUGCUUCACCCACGGAAGGCCCUGAGAACAGGGGCAUGAGGGAGAAGAUCCUUAAAAUAAACUCUUGGGCAUCCCCCUCACCAGCUGACUGGCUUUCCGGAGCCUUGCGGGUGAGUUUCCAGUUUGUGGUGCCAACAGCAGCAGGACAGGGCGUGGAGGGAGAGGGUGAAAGGGACAGUUCCCAGCUUUGGAUGCUGGGGCUUUGGGAAGCAGAAGCCAAACAUUCUUUAUCCCUUACACCCCCGGGGGGUUGGGGGGGAACAUUUGAAAAAAAAUCCUUUUUCUUGGAAGCAGUGAAAUCCUCCCUCCCGGUCUUUCCCAUCACAUCAGCCCGUGGGUCCAGAAACUGCCCUGCAGCCAACCGGAAAGUCCUUCCUCCACUGGGAGAGCGGGGCCAGGCGCCAGGGCGGCAGUGGAGGACCUGGCCUUUCCACGAUGCCCUCUGGCCCAGACCUGGGCCCCGCCCACCAAGACUAAUGGAUGCCAGUGCUAUCACCGCAGAAGGCCUGAUGGCAGGUGCCUGGGCCAGGGGCAGGUGCCCUGGGAGGGCAUGUACAGCAACUGUAAAUAACCUUCUUCCCCGCCCAGGAGUCCAGACUGGACUCCUCCAGUCUCCAUGGAGACAAAGGCUUUCUGGAGCCACAGAACCUCCUUAGCAGGACAGCAGUGAGAGACCCAAGAGCUGGCCCUCCGGUCCAGACUGCCUUCAUUCAAGCAACUCUAGGGGAUCAUUUUGCCGGGGGCUCCUAGCAAACCUCUUAUUUAUCUUAUUUAUUUAUUUAUGGUUAUUUAUUUAUUUAUUUAUGGGAUUCUCGCUCUCUCAGUUGCCGUUAGCAGUAUUCAAGUAUUUAUUUAUAUGGAGAGGUGUGUGUGUGUGUGUCUGUGUGUUUGGGGAGGAGGGGGAACUUCUACAGUAUUUUUGUGCAUCUCUCUUUUUUUUCCCUUAUGUCUCCAUGGAUGGGUUUUGAGAGGCUGGAUGUGGAUGGGAAUGUUGGCCUUUUCCCUGAAGGGGAGACUCACAGAGCUCUAAGCUUGGAACACACCCUGGAGGUGGCCCGGAAGCACUGCAGACCAAAGGUUCAUGACUAAGUCCACGUCCGGUGAGGUUCAGGCCUGCGCUCCAGCCCCCUGCCCACCGCCCCCCCCCCAGCUACCUAACUGAGGUACCAGAAAGAUGAAAACAGUCAAGAGGCUUACGAGCUAAGGUGCUGACCUGACAUGGUAGAGUCACAGCUGACAUGGGGGUUAGAGUCUAAAGUUAGCAUGUAAGGCAAAAGCUGCAGAGUGUAAAUCACCUGUGAAAGUCCUUUAGGAAGGCACCCAAUGUGAGACAGAUGUGCACAUCUUAAUCUCACCCUUGUUCCAGGGCACACAGUUAGUGGGUGAGAUCAUUUGCUCUUCUGAGCCUACCUAGUUGGUUUCAUGUAAGUUACACAUGCUUCUGACUCCCCCUUAGCUAAUUUCUCCCCAUCCCCUGAGAGCUCAAGGCUGCUCUGUGGACACGCCUGCCUUGUGACGAGGUUAUCAGCCAUCCUGGGAGAGACACACAAACGCAAAGCAAAAGCCUUUUUCUGUGAUCUCAGAAGAGAGCACACAACUAUUUCUGAGAUUAGAAAACAAAACAAGAUGAAAGGAGCAGCCGGAAGUUCCCACCAAGAAGGUCAUUUUGGAACCUGUCCUGGGAACCAGGAUCCAGAGGUCUUGACCAGCCCUGCCUCUCUGACCGGCCAGCAGUGUCUUCCGGCUGCUGGCUGGAGGGGCUCCUGCCCUUUCCAAAGUCGCUCUUCACUGCCUUGACGUGGCCAGCUCGCCUGGUCCAGCUUUGGGUUUGGUGAGACUUUUGCAACAUCCCUGAUUGUCUCCCUGGCAAUGUGACUUUACUCUGCCCUAACCCAAGCAAGGGGGUACCCCUAGCCUGGGAAAGUUUGCAAGAGCUUAAAUGCCUCCUGGGAGAAAAAUCUGUCCCCUCCCUGCCACUUGGUGUGUUUCUCGAAUUUCCUUUACAUUUCCUUUUUUUCCAUCCAAAAAUAAAACUGUUUGGGGGCCACUGGUAAACCUUGUUUAACCAGAGCUCCCAAUCCCUGGCACUGCUGUUCCUCUGCCUACUUCACCUUCAUUACACUUCUGCUUCCAGGGAAUAAGACAGAUUGCCUCAAGCCUGCUCAUGGUGAGGACUUAUUUUUAAAAGCAGUAUGGAAAAAGGGAGGGAGAUGUGGUUUGAGGUCAAGCAACAUUCAGCCCUUCGACCUUCCUGCUAUGGAUAUUCCCUGGAUGAGUGGAGCUAGGCAAAUUGCUUCCUUUCUCUGGGCCAAAGUUUCCACCUUUGAGUAGUGGAGGAAUUUUUGAGAUACAACCCUAAACGUUGACCUGAGGCCUGGGCAAUUCUUCAAAGACAGCGUGAGUUCACUGAGACUUAGAGAAAAAAAGAAAACAUCCUCAAACAUUUUUAGGAGGUUCUCAAUCAUGAGAAUAAAACCUAAAAGCAAUAUGUGAACUCCCUCCAGUUGAUUCAGAAAAGCUAAUUCAAAUCCCCCACCCAGGGACAUCCAGGUUGGACUGCAUUCCUACCUCCGCGUCGUCCCUUCUUUGAUGGAAAGUCAAUCUUUCAGAAGCAAAAGAUUAAAAAUAAAACAGAAAUUAUGAUGUUUGAAAGACACGAGGGUCUCAGUCUCAGCGAACCCCCAUCUCUUCAUUUACUUAGACCCAUCUUCCUUUCCAUAAGGCGUUGCUUGAAGAGGCCAACAUUUGGGGUGCUUCCAAAGGUUUGAAAGCACAUUUUUUUCUUCUCGAGUCCCACUUCCAUCUUUUCUUCUGCUGUAUUCCUUUCCACGAAUAUUCAAAAUAGUCUCAGGUGCACGUGUCUUGCUUUGUUUUCUUCUCCAGCUGAAUAGAAAAUUUUGUCUGAUUAAAAAGAAAGGAAAAAAAAAACAAAAAAGGCUCCUCAAACCACACCUCCUCUCCCACUGGCCAGCAGUGUCCAGCUGAGGAGUUUAGGGUAGAUGCAGUGUCACCAAGCAAUGCUUUGUUGUGACCUCUUCCUUCUCACUUCCGCACCCAUGAGCCAGCCAUACUGAUGGAGUUGUUGUCUCCCCUCUGUCUGUGGCUGUUGUUUUGGGUUAUUUUUGGUUUUUAGAGGGUUUUUUUGUUUUGUUUGUUGGUGGUAGUUGUUUUGCAUUGUAAAUACCAUGAUGGGGAUCCCUCAUCAGAACGUGGCUUAUUUAAUAAUUUAUUUCCUAUUUAUUGAGUGGUAUUGGGAGAGGUGAAGGACCACCUCUUCUCCCGAAUUGCUAUUGGAAAUCAGUCCGUCUCUCAGCUCCGGGUGCAGCUGUCUGCAGUGGGGACGUUAUCGCCCAGGUAAUGAGUGCUAGAAUCACCCAGCAAAUUGGAAUUGGUGGAAAUGGAGGCUUCAUUCAUACAGAUUAAGCUCAAAUGGAACUAAAACACUGGUUAUCUCCGGGAAAUCCUCACUGAGAUGGAAAUUAAUUGAGGAAUGAAAUGCUUGCGCACAAACUUCUAUUAAAAAGUCACAACUCUUUGAAAAAGAGAGAGAACAAAAAAUUGUAAUUGCUUUUCUGUGGCCAAGAAAAGCUAUGCCUCAUCUUCUAACGAGCUGAGCCAAAGAGAUGGGAACAGCAUUCUUUUGUGGUUCUCUUGCCUGUAUGUGUCUGUCUGGGUGAAAUGGAGUGGUUCUCAGGCCUCAGUCUUAUCAUCUGUAAAAUGGGGCUUGGCCUAAGUGUUCUUGGCAGGGUGGAGGGGAGGGGCUUCUAACUCUGUUGCUGUGAGUUCCAAACUGUCAGAUAUAGGGUCUCUCGUGUCUUCUGUAGGUUGAAGGGCCAGAAGAAAAUAAAGAAGCAGGGCAUGGACUCCAUUUGCAGGGUGAGGUGGGAGUAGCUGAGUCCUGCAGGCAGACACGGGAGACCUCCAGGUGCUGCCCCCUGGGAACUCUUGCGGCCUGGGUUAAAGCCCUCUGUAUGAGCUUGAACUUCUCUCCAAGCCCAGCCAUCCAGUGUAUUCAAAGGAGAGACCAGGAUGGCUUUGCCCGUGCUCUGGAUUUCACCACCGUGUGUCGUGUCAGGCCAUGUUUUGUACAAUUGUUCAAACAAGCCAGUGACACAGGUCAUAUUUCCACUUUUCAGAUGAGAAAACUGAGGCCUGGGAAGGGGGAACUGACGUGCCCAGGCUCCCUUGAGCUCUGAUCUGCCUGACUCCACGCCCCACCCACGCUCUUCUCGGUAGCUCUUUCUUGCCAGGCCUAGGCUGUGAGGACUUCUCUGUGUGCUGUAUCUUUUCUCUCCCAAUACCCAGCUGUUUCCUCCAGCAGUCAUUGGCCAAGGACCUAGUAAAAUCUACCACAUCAGCCCUGGGGGCUUGAUCCACAUCGGGGGCUGGAACUCCCUCCUGGAAAACCCCAACCUGGGGGACCCACCACCAGCCCAGCUCAGCCUGAGCAGCCGGCCUCUGCCCGCGUGCCCACAUCAGAGGGGGAGAAGCCCCUGUGUUCUCCAGCAUCCUGGGACCCUGUCCUCUACCCAGUGACACAGUGGCCAUGGCUUGUUUGAUAUCUGGUGUCCACAGCUAAGCAUAACCUACCUGAGGUUUCCGAUUUUUUUCAGCCUGUACGAAACGUGUCUCUGUUCUAAUAAAA